UCUAGACACAGGCUACUUCAGGAUUGAUCGUGAUACAGGAAGAAUAUACGUGGCUACAGCCCUAGAUGCAGUGAAUGAUGACAAGGUCACUCUGAGGAUCAAGGCGACAGACAUACCCCAGACAGACCCUGCUAUGGAAACAAUCACAAACAUUACCAUUUCCAUCAUAACUGACCAGCCGCGUCCAUUCUUCAAAAAGACAUACACCUUCCGUGUGAAGGAAAACGAGGCACCAGAUGAGGACGAAACAGUCUCCAUACGAGCCUAUGUGAGGAGAGCCAGUGAAGAAGAGUGUAACUGCACCUAUGAUAUAAUAGCUUUCAAACACUUCCAGCUUUUACAAAAUAGACAGUAUUACUGGGGAGUUAAGACAAAGGGAGGAAGUAGACCGUGAAGAGACAGGCAGCCGGUUUUAUGUGACAGUGAAGGCGACAGACCGACACAGCCUUCUCUACAGGACAACAGAUGUUGAAGUGAUUGUUGAAGACGUCAACGACAACUUGCCCUACUUCAACAGCACUCAGCAGAAAUUUAUUGUAUAUCAGAGUGCUCCAGUUGGGUAUGUGAUAGGAAGUGUGAUGUCGUUAGACCCUGACCUAAACAGUCAGCCCAGAUACACCACUAUCCCAGGGGAUGAGCCAGUGGAACUUCUUGGUAAUGGAACUCUAAUAGUGAGGGCUUCUCUAAUGAACGACACUGACAUUCGUAUGGUUGUCAGUGUGGCAGAAGAUAACUUCCAAGGACCAGUCACCACUUUGCGACAAAGUAUCACACAGGUCUACAUAGACGUGCGACCAGACGAUUAUAACUAUCAUGCGCCCGUAUUUGGACAAGAGACGUAUGAAUCGUCAGUGCUGUUUUCAGCUACAACUGGUACCGAAAUUCCGAUUGACGGCUUCAGAGCAAUGGACGCUGAUGGCCACAAUGUGACAUACUCCAUACAAACAAGAAAUGACAGGGGUAAUCUCAAGAUCGACAGCCAGACUGGGACAAUAUCUGUUCAGUUUAAAUUUGAUGACACGGUGCACCAAAUCUUAAAAUUAGUAAUAACCGCCACUGAUAACCAUCCUUCUCCGAAGACUGGAUCGUGUACAGUUUCGAUAACCCUAGUGGGAUAUACCCAAACUGAAUUAGUGGCUAAAACCGAAUACUCACGUCUAGAACAGGACGCGGGACAGAGACAACUAUUCCUGGGGUUGUUCAUAGCUAUGGCGAUCCUUCUCGGUGUGAUCAGCAUUGUUGCAGUAUUGGCUAUAUACAAGUGGAGGACAGUGACACGCGGACCACAGUAUCCGGAAAGGUCCGAGACAGCUCCUGGUAAAGGGGGAAAAGAGUCCGGAGAAGAUGGAUAUGACUCACUAGGCGCGAAAGACGAAGAGAAGGAUUACAAUCAACUCAGCUUCAGAGAUUUCUCAGCAGGUGUUCCAAACCCGGCAUAUGUGUCCUCAGGCCCAAGACCUACAUGCACGCCCCCGGCAGGGCCUCAUCCUGACCAGACUGAUGACAUGCACCUGGGAAGAGACCCUCCCCCAGCUGUCAGUGAAAUGUGACCACACCCUGCAAGUGCAAGACGUAAUCAAUAAACAUUUAAAGCUUGAAUUAAUCCCCUACCACAAAACUAGUGUUACAUGUGAUACCUGUAACCCGUUUAGCAUAUGAGUAACACUAUUUUCAAUGAUGAGUUUA